CUCCGGAGGGCGCUCGGCGGAGCGCGGUGCUUCGACCGGCGCCUGCGCGCUGUACCCGCGGCAGUGGCGACGGCCGCGCAGGCCUCGCGGCGGCCAUCUUGGGCAUGGGAAACGAGGCGAGCGCCGAGCUGCCGCCGGGCCGGGUGGCAGCCGCGGCGGGGCCCCGCGGAGGCCCCGCCGCGCCGCCCGACCUCGACCUGAGCAGUCUGUCCGAGGCCGAGCGGGCCAAGAUACUGUCGGUGAUGGCCCGCGCCCAGGACCUGGAGGAGCCGGCGCCGCCGCCGCAGCCACCGCAGCGGGAGCGAUGUCCUCUGUGUGGUGGCUCGGACCUGGAGCUCUCUGGCCGGUGCGUGGACUGUGGCCGCGCGGCGUGCGCGCGUUGCGGCUCGGCGUUGCCCCAGCCCGACGGCAAGAGGCCGUGGGUGUGCAUGGAGUGCCAGUCCAAGUUCCGCCAGUCGCAAGAGGCUCGACGUCAGGAUGGCUUCCGGCAGCCGGCCCCGAUGUCCAAGGCACCGCCUUUAGCAGCCAUGCAGCAGCAGCAGAUGCAGCGCACCGCCGGCACGAUGCAUCAGCAGCAGCACUAUCCACCGGCCGCCUCGCAGCAGCCGACGCAGCCGCGCGCCACAUUUGGCGUGCAGCGUGGCGGAUCUCAGCAGCAGUCUGCGGCCGUGCAGCAGAACCAUCAGCACCAGCCGUACCAGCAGCAGCAACAGCAGCAGCAAUACCAACAGCAGUACCAGCAACAGCAGUCGCAGUACCAACAGCAGCAGCAGUUCGCCGCAGCAGCACCUAUGCAACCUGCCGCUACGCAACCUGCCGCCACGCAGCAGCCUGCCGGGACGCAACCGGUGGCCACGCAGCCUGCCGUGCAGCAGUUUACAACGCCGCAGCUUACCACGUCGCAAUACGGCUCGACGACGACGACGCAGUUUGGAACGCCCACGCAGCAGCCUAGUACUGCCGCGGCGCAGCGUGUCACAAUGCCGCACGCCGAACAGCAGCCUCCUUCUUCUCCCGCGCAACAACGUGCCUCUUUGCAGUCAUCUGUCAUGCAGCAGCGUCCGACCGUGCAAUCUGCUACCAUGGCUCAACAGCAGCAGUCGCAACAGCAGCAGCAACACCAGCAGCAACACCAGCUGCAACAACAGCAAAUGCAGCAAAUGCAACAACAGAUGCAACAACAAAUACAGCAACAACAACAGCUGCAACAGCAGCGGGCAGCUGCGCAGCUUGCCGAUGCCCAGUCUGCGGCAGCUGCGCAGCAGGGAGCUGUCUCGUCUACGGCCACGGCCCAGGCCGAGCAGCAGUCGGCGUCGACCGCGGAGGACGAGCAGGAGGCCGAGCGGCGGCGGAUACAGCGCGAGCAGAUCGAGCAGCACAAGAGAGAACAAGAGGAGCAGCGCCAGGCCGAGCUCAGCCAAGCGGAACAAGAGCGUCGGCUCGAGCGUAUGCAACAAGAGCAGCAGCGAAGGCUGCAGGCGCUCGCCUCACGGCCGCCGCCUCAGCCACUGCCUUCGCAGCAGGCCGAAGACGAAGAGAGCGACGAGGAAGAGUUGCCCGCGGUCGCCGCGUCCAGCCACGAAGCGCACGUAGAGGCUCUAGAGGCGGAGGCGAUCGCCGAGGACAAGUUGGCCAACAGUGGCGGUGGAGGCAUUCCGCGCACGGUGCCGCUGCCAGGUCGCGCCGACUGGUCGCCGGUGAGCGAUCUGUCACCCAUACUGGACGUGUCGCCUUCGUUGGAGGCAGCCGAGCAGGAGCUGAUGGAGCAGUUCCACGAGGAGCGCCGUAUGCCGCGUGCCACAAGCGGCACCAUCUCGGGUAUGCUGGCCGACUUCAACAAGGCACUCAGCCUGGCCUCGCCACCGCGCACACCGCGCCGCCAGCUGCCCGAGCCGUCUCCACCCGUGCCUGCGCCACGGUGCCUGUCGGCAGCGCCGCCGGCGUGCAGUCCAUCGGUGACGCCAGAGCCGGCCGAGUCACCCGCCAGCAGCGAGCCGGACGCCAAGGUGCGCCGGCGGUUGCCGCCGCUGCCACGCGACCAGGAGCCCGUGCCCGCGCGUCGCGCCAAGGACCGCGCGCGAGUGCUGUCGGCACCGGAGCGGCCCAACAGGCCUCAGCCACCUCCUCGGGCGUGCUCCGUGGACGGCGGCUUGGCCGCCUCUUCCGGCGGGGUCAGCGGGAUCAGCGGCAUCAGUAGUGUGAUUGGCACGGUCGGCUUGUCGAACACCAUCAGCACGUCUAGUACAGCCGGCGCCGUCGGAACCCUCGGCACUCUCGGAAACCUCGGGACCUUGGGUUCCAUAGGCAGCGUUGGUUCCAUCGGCGCGCUGGGAUCGACGGGCCCGAUCAGUACAGUGGGCACAAUGGGGACUGUAGGCACUAUGGGAACUACGGGCACAAUGAGUUCGGUGGGCGCGAUGGGUUCGGUUGGCUCAAUGGGGUCUGUUGGCACGAUGGGCAACGUCGGCACAGUGGGUACAGUAGGCAGUCGUCUCCCCUCGUACAUGAACUCGCUCAAGCAGCAGCUACGCGAGGAGCUGCGCAGCGUGACCGACGAGCGGCGGCGCCUGCUGGAGCUGCGCGAUCGAGACAUGCGUUCUGAGGGCGACCUGGCCGCUCUGCUCGGCUGGUCAGGACGUCGCCGGACCACCGACCAGUCCUGGACUACUGUCCCGGAACCGCGACGAUCAACCGCCGCCGGGUCCGACCCAUGGCGAACGCGGCGGCGAGGCGACAAGAGCCGCAAGCCGCGCUCCUGGCAUCCGUCGCCGUACGGCUCCGAGGACGAAGAGGACAGCUGCGAGCAGCGCAAAGCGUCCAUUAAGGCCGAGAUUGCCAAGCGAAGACAGCAGAUCGAGGAGAAUGCCCGACUGCACGCCGAACUCUACAAGCUGGCGCGGUUGCGCCAAGGUGACAGCGGAGUGUCGCCCGAGCUGAGCGUCGUGAGCAACGCGACCAGCACGGGCGGCAGCGUGCUCGAGGCCAUCGACCAGGUGCUGCGCCAGGAGAGGCGCCGCUGGCCCCCCGCCUCCUCCGCCGGCCCCAUGGCCAACGACUCGAUGGGGCUCUUGCACCCGGCCGGCGGGGGCCUGGGCGUCAGCGGGGGCCUUAUGCACUGCGGCACCAGCGCCGAGGACCGCAGCAUGGCGCUCAUUGCGUCCACCUUCCCGGACUCUCCCAUCUCGUCGGAGGAGGAGGACGAAGAGCCGCCCGCCAUGCCGCUGCUGCCGGACAUGCCCCGCCGGAGGCGCCUGCACCACCUGAUGCCUCAGGAGCCCGAACCCGACGACAUGGUGGCAGGCAGCCGGGCCGCCGCUCGGCGCGUGCUGCUGACGCGCGACCCCCGGCGAGGAGGCCUGGGCGUUCGCGUGGUGGGCGGCAAGCGCAUGAGCAACGGCCAGCUGGGAGCGUACGUGGCCCGCGUCAGCCGGCCCGACACGCUGGGACAGCUGAGCGAGGGCGACCGCGUGCUCGAGUGGAACGGCGUGCCCCUGACGGGGAAGACGUACGAGCAGGUGCAACGCAUCAUGGACACGCACACCACGGGAGACGAGGUCGAACUGCUCGUGCAGAGUGACUGGGACUCCUUCGAGAGCCCUGUACCCACACAACGACGCCGCCAGCACGGCAGGAGAGCACGGUUCGAGUGGAGCCCGCCCAACGAAUGGCCGCAGACGACAGCGGAGAUGCUGCAAGCGCCACCGCCGGCAUCACUACGCCCCUACAGGUCAGUGCAUUGCUCUUGUGCAGGGGCUCCAGUUCUCGCUUCUCUCGAACAUAACCGAUCUGAAGACAUUGUGAAAACGAUGCUGGUCGCCAUUUCGUCCAGCCCUGUGCCGGCAUCCGAUCAGGAUUUCUGCCCAGCCGACGUUUCUCGUGCCCUAUCUGGCGAAGAACACGGAAAUUCAACAUUCAUGAACUUCUGCAGUUUCAUCGAACAACCAGGCGCCUCGUGUGCACUUGCGAGCCAUGCCUUCACCUCCUUUCACGUGACGUCAUCCGGCCCAGGACUUACAUACUCGCCGCCACCCCUGCGCAUCUUCAGUGGGCGAGGCGGCAGCGUGCCUGCAACUAUGCUGAACAAGCACGUCUUUUUCCUUGUGCAGAUGCUGGUCGCCAUUUCGUCCAGCCCUGUGCCGGCAUCCGAUCAGGAUUUCUGCCCAGCCGACGUUUCUCGUGCCCUAUCUGGCGAAGAACACGGAAAUUCAACAUUCAUGAACUUCUGCAGUUUCAUCGAACAACCAGGCGCCUCGUGUGCACUUGCGAGCCAUGCCUUCACCUCCUUUCACGUGACGUCAUCCGGCCCAGGACUUAUAUACUCGCCGCCACCCCUGCGCAUCUUCAGUGGGCGAGGCGGCAGCGUGCCUGCAACUAUGCUGAACAAGCACGUCUUUUUCCUUGUGCAGGGCAUCGUCGGCGUCUGUGGCACAGCAGCUACAGCCGCGGCGGCGGCGUGGUCCGGAUCCAUUAGCGGGCCGGAGGAAAGUGCAAGUGCCUUGAGGCCCCACGGAGGGUACCCAUUUCUUCUUCCAGAGGCGCACGCAGAUGGCGCCCAUCGGGGGGGAAUGUCUAGCAAGCACGAAGUUAAGAGGGAGGAGCAGAGGAUAUGA